AUGAUCAACAAGUUCCAGCCAUAUAUUUUUGAAGGAUCAUUGACAAGGUCAUACCCAGAGCUACAAUUGGAUUGUGCCACAACCUCCAUUACCAACCAGUGGAGUUGCAGCGUGAUUGCAGGAAGCCAGAUCUUAUGUGCUGGCCUAUCCAUCACAUCCAGCGCCUGUCCUGCCACAUCAAUUUAUGGUACCAGUGGCUGUUACCAUGCUUACCCAAUCAAUUCAGUGUUUGCGGGGGUAAUGGACAAGGACCUGGCAGCUGAAAUACUGCUUGGAUCUCAGGUGUCUAAUGGAUUGGCAUGUGCACACAAGACACCUCCUGGGUUCUGUUGUUUGGACUCGCCUGGCCACCAUCCUGGAGUGGAUUCCUGGGGAGGCGAGUUUGACUGCAGUUUGGGAGUAGCAACUUGUGGAAAGCUUGGCCCCCCUCUUUCAGGUUUCAGUCAGGAAUCAUGUGAUGUUGUCUCUGGAACUUACUGCAUGUAUGAUCGAGACUGCUCGGCCCUUAAGAAGUGCAUUGGAGAUGAGAUGAAAUGUCCUUCAGAUCAGACCCCCAAGAAGUUUGCUUACUUUGACUUCCUGGAUUCUUGCCCAAAGAUCACUCAGCCACUCAACCAUGCAAACUGUGCAGAGGCACGAGAAUACUUGGGGUUUGAUGGGGACUACCCCAAUGAUAUGGAAAUAUGUGAAGAUGCAAAGCUAUUGAGGUUCAACCGGAACUUUGAUGCUGUGAAUGCUUUUGCAACUGCUGAUCCAGCUCCGGAUCCAACCCUUGCCCCAACUCAGGAAGCAGCUACUGCAGCACCCGUGGCCGCAGGUAUGAGCCUAUAA